AUGCGGCACCUUCCUCCACGGAAAGCCCUGCCAAAUGGCAAAACUGAUCGUCACAGCCGGAUUAAAGUGUCCCCCACUAGUCGGCGCACACGUCAAAAUCGCAAACGCAAUACCAAUCCCGAACGCGAAGCCGAUCUGCAAAAUAGACCCGAAAGCGGCGAGCCCGAAGUUUUCCGAGGCGACUUGCGGGGUGCCGGCGGAGAGGGUGAAGCCCGCGAUGGCGCCGAUGCCGGGGAAGACGUAGAAGAAGACGCCCGUGGCUUCGGCCAUGCAUUCGCGGAGGACGCGGGGGCGGGCGUGCUCGAAGUCGAGUUUGCGCUGCGAGACGGGUUUGGUGGCGACGACGUGUCUGGAGAGGUGUUUUUGGACGGCUUCGGUGGCGCCGAGUUCGAGGUCGUGGGUUUGGAGGCGGUCGAGUUGGUGGUCUGUCAUUUUGGCGGUGUUUUCUUUCCUCGUCGCCCUAUGAUACUAUGGUCUUUUCUCUUUGAGGGAACAGGGGAGUAUGGAGAGAGGCUCGCGGAACAGGAAGAGACACUGGAAGAGGCUUGUGGGAGAAGGAGAGAUGGUGGUAGACUCAGAAUGAAACCAUUGCUGGAAUAA